AUGAGUACUACCGAAAGCAGCAACACUCCGACCACUGUGAGCACUGCGAGCAUUCGGGCGCCCCCUCAAAUAAUUGGGUCGAUCGGCUUGCUGUUCGUGGAUCCGGAGGCGGUCCGGAACGGCCCAGAUGCAUUGAAGGUGUUGAACUCACUUGGCGCUACGAUCGCUCAGGUGGUGGGCACGUCCGCGAGUUACGUCAGCACCUGGUUUGCGGAGUCUCGAAGGCUCCGGGCCCCUACGCGCGGGCUCUCCAGCGGCAGCCUUGUGGUGGAGUACAGCGUAUCUGUGCCAGCGGAUGCUCCGGCCGACAUCCCGGAUCUUGCCGCCAUGCAGGCGUCCUUGGACAGUGUGGAUAUCAGCUCUUUCACGUCUUUGUUGCAAGCGAACAUCGACGUGGAGGUCGGGGACGGAGUGUACGAGGUCGCCGUGACGGGAAUCACGGCAAUCGCCAUCAACGUGCCGAGCGUCACCUUGCCAGAGGCAGAGGAUAGAAUCGACGCUGGUCUUGAGGUCGAGGCCAAUUCGAUUAUUGUCGGCAUCGUCAUUUCAGGUGUGGUUUUUAUCGGGUGCGGGUCUUUGCUUCUGUUGCUAGGCUGGCGCUCCCAUCGUCGGCAAGCGGGGGAUCAUGUCAGGGACGCGGAGGUCCCGGGGAUCCCGGUGGGCCCGUUGGGCGCCGCCGGUUCGGCGGCCAGCGCCAGGUCCGAGAAGCUCUCCUUCCGCUUCGAGGGCGACAAGCCGCCCGAGGGCGACCCCAGCUCGGCGAACGCGGGCUCGGCCAGCGCUGGAGCACAGGCCGCGGCUGCGAGGCCGCCCGCUGGCGUGGGCCCCCGCCCACGCCAGCGCUCGCCCAAGCCGCGCUCGCCCACGCCGCGCCCGAAGAAGCGCGGCAAGGCCCAGCAGGUGGCCGACGCCGGCGAGGCCGCGGCGGGCCCGGGCGGCGCCGCCAGGCAGCCUUCGCAGCGCGCGCUGGUCGAGGACCCGGAUGAGAUGCCGUUCGUGCAAGCCUCCAAGAGGAUGGUGGUGCCUCAGCUGGGCCGGCUCUUCUCGGCGGCGGCGCCCGACUGCGACGACUCGGAGGGGUUCGUCGACGACAGCGGCUCCCUGGACGACCAGUGCUCCAUUGUGUCCGUGGACCUCGGGCACCCCGCGGACGAGGACCGCUCCGUGGUCUCCGUGGGCGGCAGCCGCUCCGUGGUCUCCGUGGGCGCCCCGUCGCUCGACGGCGCGCGCCCCGCAGCGCACGCCGGCAGGCGGAUCUUCGUGCUGUGA